UGCCUCUUGACAAACUACUUCCUUGGACAAGAUGAAGCCAAGGAGGAGCUUUCUGAUGCGCUGGAGUCGCAGUGACUGCUGCCCGAUUUAAAAUUUAUGUCAGACUGUGCCCCGACUGCCUGGCAAGAUGAAAGAAGUGGUGUUGUGGUCGCCCGAGGAGGUGAUGAAUUGGCUAACUGAAAAUGCCGUGCCGGAGUAUUGUGAACCAUUGAAGAGCUUCACCGGGCGGGAUUUGAUCAACCUCACGGAGGAGGAUUUUAAGAAGACACCUCUCUCCCGGGUGUCUUCUGACAGCGGACAGCGGCUAUUGCACAUGAUUGAAACUUUAAAAAUGGCUCACCACAUCGAGGCUCACAAAAAUGGGCACGUCAAUGGGCACAUCCGCAUCAGCAUGAGCAAUGCGCCACAUGAGAACGGCUUUAGCAUGAAGCUGAAUGGGAUGCCAAAUGGGUAUAAGAAGGAGAUGAUAAAGAUCCCCAUGCCAGAGCCAGAGUGCUCACAGUAUCCUGUGGAAUGGGGCAAGACUUUCCUGGCUUUUAUUUAUGCACUUUCUUGUUUCAUCUUUACCACAGUGACUAUCUCAGUUGUUCAUGAACGAGUGCCUCCCAAGGAGGUCCAGCCUCCCCUACCAGAUGCAUUUUUCGAUCACUUUGAUCGGGUGCAAUGGGCUUUUUCUAUUUGUGAAAUCAACGGCAUGAUCCUUGUAGGACUGUGGUUUGUUCAGUGGCUGCUCUUAAAAUACAAGUCUAUAAUUAGCAGAAGAUUUUUCUGUAUAGUUGGCACACUAUACCUGUAUCGGUGUAUUACAAUGUACGUGACUACACUCCCAGUACCUGGCAUGCAUUUCAAGUGUUCUCCAAAG